AUGACGUCCGAGAUACCGCAAAAGCCCAUUAGACUAGGUCAACGUCAAAGACGCCGCAGUGCUCAAACUCGAUGGCUAGCUCAGGAGAAGCAAGAACGCGCUGAUGCCUCGAGGGAAGGAGUGGGCGACAAGAGCAAUCCCGUGCUUGUCAAAACUACCAGCAACACGACUGGCGCCAAGCGACGACGCCGGAAGAGGUCGGGGCAAGGCACGCACGAAAGCGACAAGUGCACAGAGAUAAAGGCGCACCGAAUGGAAACACGCUCUCGAGCAGCAGCCAAAACUCGAUCACGGCUCCAAUCAGGGCAUAUAAGCGCAUCCAAAGCGGCACCAGACGCAAAGACUGUGGCUCGACAGGGUGACUCAACAACGCCGCCACAACAGCGCAAAGGGAAAGCAACAAGCAAACGCUAUCUUCGGCACUUUAAAGGAGCGCUAGCUCCUUAUCACACUCGCACAUUGUCUUCGGGAUGGGACGCACAGUUGCAGAAAGACACCGGCGCAGCAUGGCCAGUGUCGCGUCUGGAGCCACGUAUCGUCGAAGCUUUGCGCGCCGUCAGAGGUGACCACAUCAUCACAAGCGGAUUGGGCAUGGGUGGCCUACCAAUGGAGAGAUGCUGA